CUUCAAGUUCCCAAAAGACCGCUCUCCUCCCUCCAUCCAACUCAUCCCAAUGCUCUCUGCAAUGCCAUCCCUUCGAUCUUCCAUAUCUUCGCCGGCAGCCAUCCGCUUGGUGUCAUCGAGCGCCCCGCAGCCCAGCGACCCCCUGCCCUCCCCUCAGAGGAAGCGGUGCGAGAUCCUCGCCAAGUUCGGCAGCUUCUACAGCCUGGUGUGUGCAGUAGAGAAGGAGGCGCAGUACCGUCGGCGGCAGGAGGAGUCGAAGCUGCAGUGGGGUGCAGGUCACGAGUACAAGGAGUACCAGUCCAAGCUGCCGCCCAAGCAGUACGAGGGCAGGGGCUACAUGAAGUACUGGUUCAGGAGGAAAAGGCCAGGAGCCAGGCAGUGACAGACUGAGUGAGGGGGCUCUGGCUGGCUGCCAGUGGCUGCAGCUUGUGGUGCACUGAUGGGAUCUGGACAGUCGUGUGCGUCAUGUUUGCUGGUACGAUGAGAUGAAGAUGGGUGGUGUGUACUGUGUGUGACUGUGACUUCCAUGGACGGACCCUUUCAUACUGACUGCAUCAACAAGUGUAGAACACACACGGGUCUUGAAUUACA